CCUCAACAAGGUUUAAGGUUACAUAUACGAAACUACAUGGUACAAAGUACAGAAGCUUGUCUUGUUGUCGUGGCCAAACUGAUUCAUUUGUGACGUAUCCUCUCAAAUCACGAAAAAGCAGUACGGGAUAUACAAAAUGUUAUCGCUGCUGCUUCUAGUUUUCCUGGUCGAGCUCGGCGCUCAUCUAGUCAAUACCAUCGGUGCCGCGACCAUAAAUAAUCUACUAUGGAAUCUAUACCUAGCCCUACCGACCCAGACUUCGAAACAGGCGGCAGAGAACAAAAAACUACAGAAAGACUACCUCACGAUCCGUCGUGACUUGAAUGCUACGAGCAGCCAGGAUCAAUUUGCGAAGUGGGCGAAGCUCCGACGACAACAUGACAAGAUGCUAGAGCAGCUCGAGAAGAUGAAAUCAUCCUACGAAGCCUCAAAAUCGAAGUUCGAGAGCUCCAUCGGUAUCGUACGGUGGACAGCUACGACAGGAUUGAAAUUUAUCCUCCCUUUCUGGUACGCUAAGCAACCGAUGUUCUGGCUUCCGCAGGGCUGGUUUCCCUACUACGUCGAGUGGGUUUUGUCCUUCCCACGAGCUCCCGUUGGUAGUGUGAGCAUCGCAUCAUGGCAGGCCGCCUGCACUGGAAUGGUUCUAUUGGCAAGUGACACGGUUGCAGCAAUUUUAGGGUUACUAUUUGGGGCCAAGGUUACCCCGGAACAACCGUUCGAAGGUGGCACGGAGAAGGAAACAAUACCCAAGUCACAGGAGGCGAAGAGCAAAAAAGAAUCAUGAACACCUAUGGAUUAGGCAGGCUGUAAUAGAGGGUAUAGAGGGUACAGAUACACGUAUUAUUCGGGCUACCCUGUGGUAAUAACUAUCUACUUAAGUAACAUAGGUAAUGUCUCUCAUCUUAAUUUGACGCAGAGUUUUUCAUAGCAUAGAAGCUCGUACUCUGUAACACGAUUGAGAUGACUCUUGGCAGAGUAACUUGGGGUCUUUCUAGGCAAGCAAUUUGACUCUAGCGACCAUCGAGAAAAGGGAUCGCCAAAGCUUCGAAAGUGCCAACAAUAAAGAUAAAUCAUUGUCUUUAAGAGGUUUGUUACCUUGUAUUUUUACCUGAUGUUCUUCUUCAUGUUCAUGUUCUUGUUCUUGUUCUUGUUCU